AAUCCAAUCUCUUUCAUAUCGUUUGAACUUGUAGAAUUGUCAAAGAACUGUUUCAUCCGUAUGUCUUCAGACAACGACUACGACAAGCUCACGAAGGAAGAAAGAGAGGCCCGCGAUAAGGCAGAUAGGGAACGUGAGGUGGCCGAACAGGCAGCUCUCCCAUACACAUGGAAGCAAGAAUUGGGUGAAGUCGAUAUUACCGUUCCUGUUCCGAAAGGGACGCGAGCCAGGGAUUUAGUUGUUGUCAUUCAGAAGAAGAAACUUAGCGUUGGUCUCAAGGGUUUGGAAAGUAUCAUGGAAGGCGAGCUCUGCAAGGAGAUCAAACUCGAAGAUAGCACAUGGACACUCGAAGAUCAGCAGUCUCUUCUUAUUCAUCUCGAGAAGCUGAAUAAACAGCAGUGGUGGGACAAUAUCCUCACCCAUCACCCGAAGAUCGACACCCGCAAGAUUCAGCCAGAAAACAGUAAGCUCAGCGACCUUGAUGGAGAAACUAGGGGUAUGGUCGAAAAGAUGAUGUUCGACAACCAACAGAAGCAAAUGGGAAAACCAACCUCAGACGAGCUGAAGAAGAUGGAGGCAUUGAAGAAGUUUCAAGCCGCACAUCCUGAACUCGACUUCUCGAACGCCAAGAUCUCAUAAACACCAUCUGGUGUGAUGAGAGUGUCAGGUUUCAUAUUACACCCGCCCAUGUAUAUCAAGGAAGUUCUACAGAUGUGAAUAACACGGGGUAUAGCAAUUAUCUCACCGUCUCUCUCCAAAUGCAAACCCUACGUUUC